AUGCAUAUUCUCGUGAUUGGAGGAAGUGGACGAACGGGCAAGUUGGUUUUGGAUGAACUCCAGCAUCAAGGCACACCAACCAAAUUGGAAGACGUUCGAGAAGCCUUCCAAUCGAAUAUCCCCGAUGUUGUUGUUGUUACCCUCAAUGCACCUCGAGCCAGUGAUAGCCCAUUCGCCGCCCCGAUUUCACCACCGCGACUGAUGGCCGACUGCAAUGCCAACAUAGUUAACGCUAUGAAAGAAUUCGGAGUGCAUAAGAUCGUUAUUCUCCAGGCAUUUGGGGUUGGGACAUCAUGGGACAAUAUGUCAUGCAUUCUUCAGUUGCUUAUGAGCAAAAGUAACAUGCGUUACCAAUAUGAUGACCAUAAUCAGACCGAUCGUGAGGUCCGGGAAAGUGGUGUGAAUUUUGUGUUUGUGCGACCAGCAAGAUUGGUGGAAUCAACCGAUGGAGCUGCAGUCCGUGAGUGGCCCAAUGAAGGGAAAGGGAUGUCUAUGAUGGCGAGCUGUAGUCGAAGGAGCGUGGCGCAUUUCCUGGUAAGGGCUGCAACGGAGAAGACGUGGGAUGGCACGGCACCUGUAAUCACAAAUUAG